AUGUCGAUCAAGACCACGGUCUUUCUAGUGUUCUGCCAGAGCUUCCUGCGCUCCUUCUUCGACCAUCUCGGCCUCUUCACUCCCACCGAGUACUGGUCCUGCUCCCACAUCCCCGACGCCGUCAACGCCCUCGCUACCACCGUCGAAAUGGCCAUCGUCGGCCUCUUCCAGCUCGACGCUUUCAAGAGCUCUGAAAUCAGCCUUCCAGAACUUCCUGCAUUCGCAAGAUUAUCCGGACUUCGGACGGGACAUCUUGAUGGGCAUCCAGUUCCUGGUCGACCGGAUCCGGGGGGGGCGGAGUACACGAAGUUGCGCCACGCCACGUCGCAGGGCGCGAACGGGAUGGACUUCCAAGCGGCGUUUGGGCUGGACCCGGGACAUGCACGGGUGCGCGACCGCGAAUGGGUGGAGACCCACGCGGCCAGUCCGACGGGCGUGGGCCAGGGCGGCGUUCAAGGCGGGGAGUCCGUCUGUGGAGGAAGACGUAGAGAAUACUUACUGAGAGGGAGGCAAAAACAGAUCAAGCUCGGCCUCGUCCACUCGCCCUUCGCUGCCAACCCCGACCCUCAAAUGCCCCCCGCCCGCCAACAUCCAUUCCGCCCGCCGUAUCCGCACCGGCUCCGACCGCUCUGA